AUGAAUCCAAACAACCUUGGUGUCAAGCCGUCUAGCGCCCAUUCGUCGUCUGCCACCAGUCCUGUACAUAUUUCUAGGGACACAUCGCCCUUUAUCGAUCUGCCCCACCCUGAUGCCUUAGAACUCGACGACUACAAGACGACCCAGACAGAUCAGGACGACGACGACUUUGCUUGGGACGACAACUACGACGACGACGACGAUAGAGGCAUGCCGUCAGACCUACGCUCAGCGGCAGAGAGCAGGUCGCAUGCUGCUCCAUUGCUUUCCCCAGAGAACAAGCACCGCGACUACGCCUCCCCUCCUGGCAGUGCUGCCCUCCGAGAACGUCGCUCACGCCUACGAGAACGCGACCCUGAUGUCGCCGCUGCCCAAGCCACAAAGCAGAAAUACACAUAUGCUGCCGCCUUCCUGGUGCUCAGCUUGAUCUCCUUCACCAUACAAACAGAAACCGCUGUAUAUAUCCAACACUCGUUGCAUUGGAACAAGGCAUACUGCAUGCUCUACUUUACCCACGGCAGCUGGAUCCUGCUAUGGCCCACACAACUAGCCAUCCUGCGGUUGCAAAAGCUGAACAUGCCCUGGGAAUCCUUCUGGCGCAGACACAAAGCCAUUCUACGGAGCACAGCUCAGAUGGUCGAGCACCAAAGAUUGGAUAUCCCACACCACAUGCAGAAGCAAUCGCCCAUCCCAUACUUCAUCAAGAUGACCUCGAUGGUCACUUGCGCACUCACUGUUGCUGGCGGCAGUUGGUACGUUGCCGUCGACCUGACCACUGCCUCGGAUUUGACCGCCAUCUACAACUGCUCCGCCUUCUUCGCCUACGCCUUUGCCAUCCCCUUGCUGGGCGAACACUUCAAAUGGAACAAAGUCUUCGCCGUUGGCGUCGCCAUCAUCGGCGUCUUGGUAGUCGCAUACGGCGACGUCUCUCCCAGCAAACACGGCAGCAAAUCUGGCGGCGGCGCAGGCGGUCCCACUGCCCCUGAGCCAGAAGAAGCCUCCAACCGCGCGCUCGGCAACCUCGUCAUUGGCGUGGGCAGCGUACUCUACGGCUUCUACGAAGUGCUAUACAAGAAACUCGCUUGCCCACCCGAGGGCUGCUCGCCAGGCCGCGGCAUGAUCUUUGCAAACACCUUCGGGUCGCUGAUCGGUCUGUUCACACUUACCGUCCUCUGGAUCCCCAUCCCCAUCCUCCACUACACCGGCAUCGAAACCUUUGAACUCCCCACGGGGGAAGCAGCAUGGAUGCUGCUCAUCUCCGUAAUGGCAAACGCCACAUUCUCUGGCUCUUUCCUGGUCCUCAUCUCUUUGACAUCGCCAGUAUUGAGUUCUGUAGCUGCAUUGCUGACGAUAUUUUUGGUGGCUGUGGUGGAUCAGUUGUUGCCGCCGCCCCUGAACCAGCCGCUUACUGGUGCUGCUGUGGCGGGUGGAUUGCUGAUUAUUGUUGCGUUUUUGCUCUUGUCAUGGGCGACGUAUAGGGAGAUGGCUGAGGAGAGGCGGAAAAAGGAAUCAGAGGUCGAGAUUGAAAGUGAUGUCGAGAGUGUCAUGUAG